AUGAAUGUGCUUGCUGCGUGUGAAGUGGACUUGGAAAUUACCUACGUCCAAGCCGAAUGGAAGGUCUACGCGGAUGCCCUCACGAAAGGACUCUCUGCGUCGGAGUACGUGGUUGAUGUUCUGGACGCUGGGUUCGCGCUGAAGGUGAAGAUCCUGUCCCAUACCGCAGCACAAGUUAUCACCUGA